CUGCUUCCACGUAGCCUUCCUCUUCGCCCAAUUCGUCCACCCUGGGCCAACCAUUGGGAGCGCAGCCACUGCCCGCAUUCACUGGUGCCCCACAAUAGCCAGUCAUGUAUGCGGUGUAUCUCAGCCUUGUGCACAGCCACAGCCGUACGGACCACAAGACAUGCUCUGGACGAAGACAGAACCUCGGGUAGCGACCUGCACGAACACACUGGUAGUAGGCGUUCUGUAACUCUUGAUCAUCUUUCGAAAGCGGAGAUAAUGGGACCACCUCUUACGAAGUCCGACAACCGAUUUUCACCAUUGGAUAACGCCGAAACGGACAGCGACAGUGGUUCCCGGCGAGACCAACUACAGACUGAGCCAAACGAGCAUUUCGAGCGGAAUGAAUGGUAUAUGAAAUGGAAGAGGGAGCAGUUACAUGCCGACUCAGACAGCGAGAGUGGCUCCAGCGAAGACCAACUAUUGAAUGAGCCCGGGGGGGUUCACGUCCGGUACAAAAGGUACUUGGAGGAGAAGAUGGACAGAGCGCCAUUAAGGAAGGUUUCCAAGUCGUUGAAGGAAUCGUGGCAGAACGUUUGCAGAGCGCUUGAACAAGCAGUCGAGGAGCGCCCAUAUGCAACACUCUGCGCGACCUGCGAGUCCAUCUUUCACCCCGCGAGAACGAAGCUGUGGUUCGAAAUGGGGAAAUGGUAUCUCCAUCAUCGGUCGCAGUCAGCGCUUGAAGAUGCUGUUCGCAUGGGCUGUGCCAUUUGCAAAAUCAUCAACGACAACACUUGCGCACAAGCGGGUAACUACACCAACACGCCAGGCACUGAAGGCACUCCGGAAGGCCACAGAGGAGUCCUCAAAUACAAUAUUGAUUGGUCCGAUCUGCUCGACUAUUCGAUUCGGAUCGGGUACGUCCCUAAGGGUGCGCGUUUUCCGCCUGAGGAGCAAGUGGUUCUUGAUUUAGUCAUGGUCAAGCCUGAAAGCCUACUGACCAUAAAUUCAAAUUUCGAAUCCGCUUUGCCAAAAUCCGUGUUCCCUUCUACAACAGCUUCCACUCAAGUCUGGGAUCUCUGUCGCUACUGGCUGUAUUCCUGCAGAGCUGGGCACAAGAAUUGUGGGCACCGCCGGCAAGAUCUUUCUUUCCGACCAUCAAGAUUGGUCCAUGUCCAGGGCAUGAAGGGCAAUAUCAUCCAGGCCCGACUCGAGAGUGACACCAAAAUGCUGGAUGCUGUGAAUUAUCUUACCCUUAGCCAUUGCUGGGGAAGCGGCAAGUUCUUCACCCUUCGCAAAGACAACUUGGAACAGCUUCAGAAGACCAUCGUCGUCAAGGACCUUUCAAAGGUCUUCCAAGACGCGCUCCUCGCUACACUUGAGCUUGGUUUCUCCUAUAUUUGGAUCGAUUCCUUGUGCAUUAUCCAGGACUCGGAGGAAGACUGGCUGCGGGAAUCGUCAAGGAUGGGGGAGAUCUACAAGAACUCUUCCUGCAACAUUGCGGCUACUGGUUUCAGUGACGGCAGCCGAGGACUUUAUGUCGAAAGAGAUGUCUCCCGCCUGACCUGUCACAAGGUUUCUGCUGGUUGGGGUGGAGUUUGGCCUCACACUGAUGAACCACUUAAGAGGGAUUACUAUCCAGUGAACCCUCGUAUGUGGCACGAUCAAGUUUCUAAAGCUCCUCUGAACAGGAGAGGAUGGGUGCUUCAGGAGCGACUUCUCUCCCCCUGUGUCCUCAAUUUUGGCGCCGAGCAAGUGCUCUGGGAGUGCUUCGAAUCGAGCAGCUGCGAGGCUUUCCCCACAGAAUUUCCAGAUUGCAUUGUAUGACCACUGACGUUGAAAUCGCUAGGGUUCUAUGAGACAGGACCAGUUACAUAUGCACAAUUGCAGCAUUCAAGCUCGGAGAGGGAAAGCACGGACCGUG